AUGCCACAGAUAAGCAAUCGUUCUCCUGACAUUGAGAAUUACUCUGAGGAUGAGGAUGAAAGUUUCUCAUCGGAGCAAGAAGGAAGUGAUGAUCCCCUUCACGGGCAGGAUUUCUACUAUGAAGACGACGAACUUCGUAAAGUGAAGAAAUCUCGGCGGAAAUUGCCAACUUCCUCGGCAAUAACCAGACAACCAAACAUUAAACAGAAGUUUGUGGCGCUUCUGAAAAGAUUCAAAGUCUCUGAGGAGGCUGGCUUCGGGCUUGACCAUGUCUCUCGAGAUGAGAUCCGGGAGGAAGAUCUAGAUGAUUUGUACGACAGUCUGGAAAUGUUCAAUCCGAGUGACAGCUGUCCAGAGCUUGAGGAGAGCGAGAGCGUCCUGAGCACACCCAAGCCAAAGCUCAGGCCAUUUUUCGAAGGGGUCUCUCAGUCCAGUUCUCAGACUGAAAUUGGGAGUUUGAAUAGCAAAGGAAGCCAAGGCCGAGACAUGAGCAGCCCGGGGGAUAUCUCAGCUGAGGCAAAACUGUCCCGUGCCCAGGAGGAUCCUGUGGAUAUGGAGAGUCAGGAUGUGUGUCUGGAUAAUUCUCAGGACCUUGACUCUCUGUCAGAUUCUCUCAGUUUUUCCGUCCCCGAGAAAUCCAAAUCUAUGAAGAGUCCAAACGUAACUCCACAGAACCGAAGGAGCUUCCCCGCACGUGAGAGACCUCCUAGCAAGGGUCUCUCCGAAAGGACACAGAGCACAGAUAGUGACAAGACAUUAGAUAUUGGUCAGAGCGCACAGAUCCCCCGCAAAAUACUCCUUGAUCAGUUAAAUCAGAACCUUUUGGAUCCAUCCAUUCCAGAGACUGUGAUGAUUGUGCAAACGUCAGAUUGGCAAGGCCAGUACAUCUCCAGCCUCCUCCAGCAGCAGCACAAAUCAUGUGUGUGUAUCACGUGUUCAUCGGACGUACAGUGUGCGCUGAACGCCAUACUGACCCGUAUACAGAGACAUUGUCACACAGCCCCUGGUCCAUCCCGGCCCUUGAAGGUUGUAUGUAUUGGGGGUCACACUUUCCUAAGUUUUCUGCUUGGAGCCUAUGUCACAAACCUGGCUGGGAGAGCCUCUGAUUGGCUGGGAUACCUGCGCUUUCUUUUGGUUCCACUUGGCUCUCAUCCUGUGUGUAAAUACCUCUCCUCUCUGGAUUCCCGUUACUCUUCCCUUUUCUUUGACGUGUCUUGGAGGGAAUUGUUCAGCAAAUCAGAGGCACCAGCUGCAGAGCCGUUUGAUGUGGUGAGUCGCAUUAUGCAGUAUGUGGCCGGAGCUAGCACGUCCAUCCAGCUGCCAAUUGCAGAAGCUAUGCUGACCUGCAAACAUAAACUUCAGGAGGACGAUUCAUACCAGAAGUUCAUCCCAUUCAUCGGGGUUGUCAAAGUUGGUCUGGUCGAGACAUCUCCUCCAAACACUGACGCAGAAGAUUCAGUCUCUCUUGGUUCCGGUCUGCCGUCCACAUCUCCUCCUUCCUCCUCUAUAUUACCACGAGAUGGAUCAGCCACUCCUCCCUCCUCUCCCUCAAUGAAUGCAGGCCUCCAAGGAAAUGCAGGUACUACUUCAGAUGCGCUCGGGCUGCAGGUGGAUUACUGGUUAACCUGUGACCGGAGGCGUGAGAAGGAGGGAGGUGGGAAAAACACGCUGCGAAGUAUCUUCCGCUCUGUGGUUGUGUCCCGUCUGCCAGGACCAGACACCCCACCUGGGAGUAUGAGCCUGAGUGUGGUGACCGCAGAGCCACGAAACAAAAAGGUGCCUACAAUUUUCCUCAGCAAAAAGCCAAAGGAAAAAGAGACUGAUGCCAAAAGCCAAAUUAUUGAAGGAAUCACACGAUUGAUUUGUUCUGCUAAACAGCAGCAAACAAUGCUGAGAGUAACAGUUGAUGGUCGUCUUUUUGGGGAUGUCAAGUUCUUCCAGGUGGCAUGUCAGUGGCCGACACAUGUCAAACAUUUUCCUGUCGGCAUAUUUGGUUCAACUGGCAAACCCUGAUGUAGUCAUGAUAUAUGCCCCCAUAUACAUAUUAAUAUAUUCUACAUAACUUUAAUAUAUACCCUUCAAAAAGCACAUUUAAAGUCAACAUCAAGAUCAAUAUAACAUGUUAUAUUGCCAAAACCUGUUACGUAAUAGAGCAAUGUACCUGCCACCAGCUGUUACACACAGGACCACCUCUGCUGUUUCAAGCACAGACAUCUUCAUCAUCAUCAUGUGUUGUUAACUAAAGUCUCCUAAUUACAUACUUCUGAUGUUAAGUGGUUAACUUCCACCACACACUGUUACAUAAGCAGUUAGUAUGUGCUGUUACAAUAAUCAAGCAAUAUUAUACAGACAACCUUUACUGUAUUUUUCGGCAUAUAAGACAAACUUUGUAGAAUGGUGCCUUUAAAUUUCUAAUUUCUACUCUAAGCUACAUUUCACCUGAGUAUAAAGGCUUCUCUACAGAUGAUAUCAGCAGGGAUGAUGUUGAAUAGAAAGUCUCUCUUCAUGUCGGCAGUGUGUAGUGAGUUACUGAGAAGCAGAAUUGAAAUCAACAGGAGUAAGAGAGAAGUGGGUGAAUCUGGACUGAGGUGCUAUGUUUUAUUAGUGUUUUUUUAAGAUGAGGCAGAUAGUGAUGCAUUGAUUACACAUAGAGAACACUACUAUAUAGUGUGCACAUAACAGCAAUUCUAGAAGUUGGGCCUUAAAAGUGGACAAUAUGCACCCUGCAGUUUCUGAGUUUGGGUGUAUGAAAAAGAGACUGAUGUCUAUCAUUUCACAAGGUUUGGGCUCAAGAGAAGCCAAAGAGUACUUAAUGUGUACAAAACUUGAGGUAAUGAGCACAGACAAGUUCUAAAGAUUGCGGGAAUGAAAGGCUGUAGCACAAUUGUGGAGGUUGGAGACACAAGAGAAGAUACUCUCAGGAGCUACAUGGGCUUGAGAGGAGAGAGAGUACACAGCAGUUACUGAGGCUGGGGGCAUGAGAAUAGACUGUGCACGGUACAGCCAGAGGUAUAAAACACCCUUCAGGGUGGCUACUCACAAGCGUAGCGCCUGACUGGGCAGUACGGGACCAGCAGAGUUACCCGUAAGACUCACACAGGUUACCGGAGUGUUGUGCGUCAGGUAACGUAGCGGAUUAAGCCAAUCACAGAGACGAUAACCCAGGCAGCAGUAGGAGACGUCACAGUGGAAGUGGGAUAACAGAUAGACAUAUACCGAUCAUCCAGAGAAAUAAAAAUGAAGAUCCGAGCAAGUAGAGUAAAAAAGUGUGUGAACUUUAUUAUAAACAACACUAACACAGCAAUGCGUUUCUCAGCAACACAUAUGCCGUUUCAUCAGGCUGUAUUAGACUAAGUGCAGAUAAUGUAGAAAAAGAUCCAAGUGAGUUGGAACCAUUCCGCCACCUACCCUCAUAAUUUCCAUGCUUUUGAGAGCGUUUCCAUCAUAUUUUCUGAAGCAUCAGCCAUAGUUUAAGUAAGCUUAAAAUUGGGUUCUUUCUGCAUUAUCUUGUAUUUUCCAUGUCAAUAUCUUAUUUUGGUUCACUACCACCAUCCAUGGGCCAAUCCUGUGUCUAGGUCUAGAGAACAGGAAGUUCUGGCAUCGUAAAGCCAUUUAUCUGCUUUUUGCACUGUAUCUUUCCUACAAAUCUGAUUACUGGGCACCUUAGAAGUUAUGAUAAGACACAUUCCUGCAGUUAAACCUCUCACCACUGACUUAUUUUCUCUUUUAACAUUUUGAUGCAUCUUACAUGCAGGUUUACCUUGUAUGCUGAAAACUAUGGUAUGUGCUGUUACAUCAUUAUACACUGUUACAUUAGUAGUCAUUGUGUGCUGUUACACCAAUCAAAUAACGUUAUCAUGACUAUUAUAAACACUCCCGACGUUGAUAUUACACCCUAAUUUGUAAUGUGUGCAAUUCCUAAUCCCUAAAUAACUUUUUACACUCCAUAGACCUGUAUUUAAACACUGCCAGCCUAACCCUUUGCUUCAGAAAUCCCACCCUCACUCCCUCUGACUCUCCCUUCUCCUAUAAUAUAGUAUUUAAGAAGCACAAUUUUCCAUGUACUUCUCCUUUGUUUAUCCCAAACUUUAUUUUCUCACUUUUCCUUUCAGACUUUAAUGUUUCAUUCUCUGAUCUAAUCGCUCACAUUGUUUGAUUAACAAUGCCUAGAACUCCCUGGUCAGACAAAGCUCUCAAUUCAUUUGUACAGAAUUCAUUAAGAUUUGGGACGCUUAAAACAAUUUACUAAAACUGCUGAAUCAUGAGACGUUUGUCACACUUUGGAGUUCUCUGAAAAGAUCUCUUUCUCACUGUAUCUUAUACUCUGUUAGAUAUGAACAUGCUGGGGUAAAUAAGGAUUUAGUAGAAUGAUAUGAAGAAAGAUAUAUAAGAUAUCAACAUAUUUUGAUCAGAUAAAAUGCUGCUAGAUAUGGGUUGGGUGAUUUUGGCUUCUUGAAUGUGACAAGUAAUUGAUAGUAAUAGUUUUCUGCCAAAUAUUGGAUGGGCAGUCAUUAGUACAGUGAUGGGCAACUGGCAACUUUGAAGCUAUACACAGCCCUAGGAAGGUUGCCAAGUGGGCACCGUUUUUUUUUUGGGGGGGGGGGGGUUGGGACAAGAGAACAAUCUACCAUUUUACUUCCCAUUCCACUUCUCUUUCUGCCCAUAAUCCCCUCUUGCACACAUAAUAGAUGUAUGCACUUUUGCAGUUGGACCAAUAUGAGGUUUUAAAGUACAAUGAUGCCUAUUUCCGUUAUUUGGGUUGACUGCAUAUUUCUUGUUGCCCAUCACUCUUUAAGAAUCUGUUGUUGCUAUUACAGCGUAGCCCAGUGUCCGCUAUAUAUCUGUGUUGCUGGCUGCCUAUAUAUGUUCUCGAUAGGAGCGAGGGGCAGGGCAUUUCCACUAGUCUUCCUAUUUGGUCUUUCUUAGCCAGGGAUGCAAAUAUGUCUACUUAGGGCCAAAUACACUGACACUAUCUCAAGUUAAUUUGUACAAAACUUUUUUUUUCAGUUUUAACUUUUAUUUCUUUUCUUUUUUAUUCUCAAACACUUCCCAUAUUAUUUUGUUUUAUGACAUUCAUUGCUCCUCGCACCUUAUUCUGCCCCUUGGCCAACUUUUGCUUGUUGUUGCACAAAUUGAUUAUAAUUUGCUUUGCUUUUUUUAUGUUUUAUAAUUUAUUUUUAUGGAUUUUUUUUUUUUGUUGCUUUUUUUUUCAUUAAAGUUUUGAUGGUAUAUAACAUUGUGACUGUUAUUUUGUGAGAGCAUUCUGUCACAGUGUGACUCUUAACAAACGCCAUAAUAUAUGCAGUUGACCAGCAAAUUGUAUGUGUAAUUAUUUAUUUUAUAUGAUUAAAUGUGAUGUAAUAAAAA